GUGUGCGGGCACACUGCACUCUAAAAACCAUCACAAAAACAUGAACAAUUGUUAGUAAUUGGCAAUCCGAUACGAAAACUCUCCUUCAAGAUUCUGGCAAGGAAAGGUGCGUCCGAGUUAAGAGCGUAGAAUGUUCGACAGCCAUGAAUUGAGUGCAUAGCAAAUCCCAAUGCGCGUGCAGCAUAUGUAAAUAGCUUUCAACCGUUUCGUGCAAUUGCGUCGUGUUACAAAACUUUGGCCCUGGCCAAAUCCAGCAACAACAAAAGCGACGAGUGCUAUGUGCAGUGCGGUCAUUGACAAGGUAGCUGUAACCCCUGGCGAUGACGAAUCCUUCGUUAUCUAUCACGACGGCAAAGCUCUGCAACUCCACUGGAAGGGAGUGCCACCACUGGCACGACCGCCCGCGUUGCGGAUCUGUCGCACAGGCGCUGCUGACCGCGGCGGUGUUCUCCUGUUGACAACAGACCAAUCGCUCUACGCGGGCCAGUUGCAGUCAAACCGGAGCACGCUGGAUCUGACCCUUAUACGUACGGAUGCUGUCGAUGUGGACUACUGCAGCGGCAGCCUGGAGCUGUUCGUGGUGCUCACCAAUGGUUCCGUGCUGCGCCAACUCAUCACUGGUUUCGGGCUGGACAGAGACCUGCGCCACCCGCAUGCCUGGCAGACGCUUAGUUUCGACCCCCUGGAGAUUCUCGACGAAGGCGUCCGAAUACGUCGCGUCUGCUGCUCUGCCCAGGGCGUCGUCUUUGUGAGUGCCAGCGGCGAGACGUAUGUGAUGGGCAGUUGCGGGGAGGUCUUCAAGGCGGAGCUGCAGCCUCGCCACAUGCGACUCUAUGAAGAGGGAAAGGAGCUGCUGGAUUUGGCGGCGGGAAAUGAGCAUUUUGUGAUGCUGGUGGCCCCUCAAAACCUGGCGGAUGAUGUGCUACAACUGCCGGCUGCAAACAAGGAGGAGCCCGAAGACGAUAGCGCCUCCGUCAAGUCGCUGAGCAGCGGAAACUCUGUGCGCAGCAUUGCCGCAAACACGAGGCACUUGCUUCACCAGGGAUAUGCCCUGCUGCACACCCAGCUCUUCACAUUCGGAGCCUCCAAUAACGGACUGCUCGGGACGGGGGACCACAUUCGACGAGCCAAUGUCGCCAGGCUGCAGAAACUGGACAGCAUGGGUGUGUGCAGCAUAGCGGCGGGGCUGGAGCACACGGUUGCCCGCACCCUAGAUGGCAGGCUCUAUCACUGGGGCCUGAACACCCACGCUCAAUUGGGCGAGGAUUUGAGCGCCCCAAAGGAAAUUACCAUAGCGGAUCAGGCAGCUGCGUUACCCAUAGAACAAAACUCUGCUCUGGAGGCCACAUGUGGCGAUUACCACACUUUGCUGUUAAAUGCAUCUGGACAAAUACAGGCGCUUCAACCGCCUCCUCCAAUGCGACACCUGCAGCAGUCGAGCACCUACGCCCAAACCCUACUCCAGCUGCAGUUGGGAGCGGCCUGGCCACACCAGUUGCGUCUCCUGAUGUGCUCCGGUGGGUAUACUCUGCAUAAUCAACGCCAGUUCCAGCGUCACUACCAUUACUACCUAAGCCACCUCCAGUCGCAGCUCCAGCUUCUACUGAAGCACCGCCAGGCCGUCCAAACUCUACAAAUCUGGCAGCAGCAAUCCUCGCUGGAGGCUCUUAGUGCUCUUGGCCCGCUGCUGGUCAACUGGGAGCGGAUGCUCUGUCUGCUGGUGGUCACGCUACACUCUUUGGAGGGAUUCUACCGGGCUGACUUUGUCCAGCCUGCCGAUCUGCUCUUCAUCUGCUAUCAUAAGGAAUACAUAGAGCUCUUCGAGGGCUACACCAGGGCCUACUGCGACGUGUACUCGGUGAACGGAUUCGUCGAAGCGGUGGCCUCUAUUGCAGGCCUCAGCAGUCCCCUCGCGGAGCUCAACGAGGAAAGCUAUGUGACGCGCCUGUUCCAGCAACCAUUCAGCAUAUACCAACUGUUCAUUCAAUUCAUGGAGCUUCUGAUAAAGACGCAGUCCGAGUACAACGAGCAUCGCCUGGCCUGGACGGAGUUCGCGCGGCAUAGUUGCAUUAGCCAGGAGCUGGCUGUGAAUACCAAAGAUUUCUGGAACAGCAACGAUCGCAACCCACGCAUUGUGCAGUUCAGACGCAGCCAGCGACGGGUCAUCCUCACGUCCGCUCUGGUUCCCCUCAAAUUGGCAAACUCGGGCCUCAGCAUGACCAGCAACAGCUUCAUCCUCUUCUCUGACUUUCUCUGCCAGUUGGGAGGAAGUUCGCUGUACUGCUAUCCGCUGACCACGUUAUGGGUCUGGUCAGAGGGUGAGACUGGCCUGAAGCUGGUCACGCCCGAGAAGAGCUUUCUUGUGAUCACGCGUUCCCAGGAGAUGCGCAAGGUCUGGCUAGAUCAGCUGCAGUCGAGCAUUGUGGCCGCUCUGGGGCGACCUUUAGGCAGUCCCGUGCCCAGUUCUCGCUCCACGGGCUACGAGUACAGUCGCGAGCAUCCGAAGUACGCCAGAGUGCAGGCGUGUGGCACUUGGAGGAAGGGCGUCCUUCAUGGCAACUGCUACCUGGAGUAUCCCGAUGGCAGUGUAUACUGCGGCGAAGUAUGCCAGGGAGUAAUCGAAGGAUACGGCAAAAUGGUGAUUCCCUCGACGGGUCUCUAUGUUGGCCACUUUAAGGGAAGCCGUUUCCACGGCCACGGCCUGUACGAGAUCCACUGCAAGGAAUCGCACGAGAGCGAAGUCUACGAGGGCAACUUCUGCGAGGGACUCUUUCACGGGCAUGGGAUGAUGCGGAACAACCGCUACAUCUACGUGGGCGAGUACCAGGCCAACACCCGCAGUGGCUAUGGCGUCAUGGAGGACCUGAUCAGCGGGGAUAAGUACAUGGGCAUGUUUGCGGACAACAAGCGGGUGGGUAUCGGGACUUGCAUCACCAAUAAAGGCGAUUACUUCGAGGGCAGCUUUGCCGGCGACGAUCUAGUGGGCAGUGGCGUGGCGAUCUUCGAGAACGACUACUACUACGAGGGUGAGCUGUCACUACACGGACCCAAUGGCCGGGGAGAGUACUACAUGCCCAGCGGAGAUGCGGGCAUUGGGCGGGCAUCAGCGAUGGGGUCCAGCGAGGAGAACGACGACAACUACGAGCUUAUUGGCAACAAGAUGUUCGGCCAGCUCAGCGGCAGCUGGGAAACGGUGCGCGUGCAAGCUGGAGAACUUGUGCUGAACCGACGUUUUCCCAAGUACCCCAGUUCCCUGGGCCGACAAGUCGUGGAUCACAAUCGCAAGUGGCGUUCGUUGUUCCAGAACUUUGAAGCGGAUCUGGCUAGUUGCACGUCCAGCACUAGCUCUGGAUCCACCGUGGCCCCUGUGCCUAGCAGCACACUCAAGAAACCAGCAAAACCCUCGCUUAGCACGGCCCAGCUUUGGAACUGCAUAGCCGUGUACAUGAGCAAGCAGCGGGCUCGGGAAGGUUCCAAGCCGGGAAACUAUUUCAAUAAUAUUUUGCUCAGUCUGCCGCUGCCUCAGAAAUCGCCAUCCCCAGUGGCCAAGGCCAGGACAACAACGACUGCCUUGACCAAGCUACAUGCGGAGGCUGCUUCGGCACUGGAUUUUCUCGGGUUUCCGCCUCGCCGCAUUCACUCGCAAGAAGCGCUAAACAGCAAGCAGGGAGGCCUGCAGCGAGCUGACAGCCUGCUCUCGAUGGGCCAUAACUCCACGAAGGACUUGGACUCAAGUAGCUUGGCUAGCUUUCAACUGGAUCGAAGUGUUCGGAACGGAAGCUUCAAUGGGGAGGGCCGCGAGUCUAGUCCGCUCAGUGAAAGCUUCGGUAGCAUGAACCACAGCAACAACAACAACAACAACAACAACAAAAAUGUUUCCAAGCAUACCAGCAACGGUAGCGAUUGCUCCAUAGCCUCUACCAGCUCCUCGUCGAAUGCCAUACUGGAUCAGGUGCCCAGUUUUGGCAUGGCUUCGACGCUAAGCGAGCUGGAUGUCACAUCCAUUCGUGUGUACCUGGAGCAAGCCUUCAAGGAUCGCCACCAUCCGCUGCACGCCUUGAACGAACGGAUUGCCAACUGUUUCCACUACUCCUAUGGAUAUUGGAAGGUCAAACCCACACCGAUCCUGGCCAAGCAGGCCAUGCGCGAAUGGGAGUCCAUCUCCCGACGCAUCUACCGCUUUGUGCGAAAAAUGUUUCCAGCCCUGCCAGAGGACUAUUGCCACUUGGAGGGAAGCAGGGAGGUGAUUUCCCACAUUACUCUGCUGUAUCCGCUGGUGCUAUCGGAAGGCAUUUACUCCACCCUAUUUGUGCUGUAUGCCAACAAAUACAGCCGCAAGGACGAGAUUUACAGGCUAAACCUAAACCAUGCCGAGAAGCUAAACGACCAAGAUCUUGUCACUCUGAUGGGCCAUGAGAGUUUCCUUUACACUGUGAUGCUGGACCCCAAGUUUGAGGAGUCUGUGCAGACCUUGAAGCAACUGCAGGAGAAGUUCAGUCCCCAGGAUAUGCUGACUGUGAUACAGCGUAGCACGCAACUGCUAACAGAGGCGUAUGAGCAUGCGAUGUCUGCCAAUGCCGCCCAGCUGAAUGCGGACAACAUGAUACCGCUCACAAUGCUCACUAUGCUGCGUGCAGCUGUACCCCAUUUGGGGGCGGAGCUAGCCCUGCUGGACGACCUGACGGGUGGCCCGAACUUCCAGGCCGAAAUGAAUGGCUUGGCGGGCUAUUGCUACACAACUCUAAAGGCUGCCUACGAGCAUGUGACACUAAAGGCUCUGCAAAGUACGCACUGAGUCUCAGGCUUAGCCUCGUAUGCUUUCAAGCAUACAAAAAUACAUUUUUAAGCAGGCAUUGAUGGCUAUACGAUUUCAGUGCCUAUGUUAUCUGCAUACAUAUGUAUGUGUACUUCUUGGACGAACCUUGUGCAAAUACCCCUAGUAGGCUUACGAAUGUUAUUUAUGUACAUAUAUACAUAUUGAUGUACAGUAGACGUGUGUGUGUGUGGACGGAUGGUCGCCGAUCGACGAUCGACGAUCAGUGUAGCAAAAGUGUAUCUAUAUCUGUUUCAUAUAUUCUAAGCAAAACACACCUUACCACAUUCCGAUUAUUUACCAAAACAUAAAUUAUAUACUAU